CCAUCUCGACGUGGUUUUAUAAACGAUUUUGGGCCUAUUACUGAAGAUAUGGAAAUUUGUUGUUUAGAUCAGAGUGAAACGAAUGCAAAUAGAGAUGAAAAUGAGGCACUUAUGAAUACUGAGACCCUUCUUCUCAGCCAAAAAUCAAAAUCUACCGUUUCUACCGUUAGUCAAAUUUCUAACAAUAUCUCUGAUUUUGAAGACGAAUUAAAAAAGAAAUCAAAACGAAAAGCACCUCUAAUGAAUAUCAUGACACCGGAACUUGCAGCUGCCCUUGAUCGUGGAAAAGUUAGCAGCAGAAAUGCCGUAUAUAUUUUAGCUGCUACUCUCAAAAGUACUGGCAUUGAUAUGAAAGGCUGUAAAUUGAGUCAUUCGACAAUUCAUCGAGCUCGCAAAAAAUUUCGAAGUGAUAUGGCUGCUAAAUUGAAAGAUGGACUCGAAAACCAGGAUAAUUUUGUGAUACAUUGGGACGGGAAAAUAUUACCUGAUAUAGUUGGUACGGAAAAAGUUGAUAGACUGCCAAUUAUUAUAUCGUUAUCAGGCAGUGAACAACUGUUAGGUGUACCCAAAAUGAAAUCUGGAACUGCUAAAAAUCAGGCUGAUGCUAUUGUGAAAAUUCUAUUCGAUUGGGGUAUUUCUCGUAAAAUAGUAGGACUGUCUUUCGACACGGCGGCUGUUAAUACAGAUAUUAAUUCAUGUUAUUGUUUUCUUAAAAACUUUAUCAUGAUAUAA